AGAACGAGAAACCCGUUUGUGUGCUGAAGCGUUGCUUGAACAGCUUGCAGUUGAUAAUAAUUUGCACAGUAAUGCGUCCUCUUCUAACAAUACUGGUUGUGACACAAGCGAGACUUUAAUUUGAUGCCUUCUGGAUCUAAUAUUACUAAUCAUGCUAUUGACCAAAUACAAACAGGCGGUGGUGCGCAUCAAGACGAUGCUUUUGGUGAUGUACGCCCACCCGGUAUACGUAUUGAACUUCUGGCUGAUUCAAGACGUUAUUUUAAGCGAUUCAAAGUACGAGGCAAGGAAAUAAUAGCACGGAUUGUACCGCCACCACCAGGGUGUAACGUGUUACACUGGUUAGAAGGAGCGUUUCGCGAUCUUUUAACGUUCAUAACAGGCUCCUGCAACGGUGAAGAUUUCGUGGGGAUGUCGUUUUCAUCAGAUAGUUUACCGCAGGGAUCUGCGUGGUUAUCCUUCAGACCUGUGCGGGAUUGUACGUUCGCUGAUAUAUGGGACCUGAUAACUAGUAUAGCUCAAAGCGCGGCAUCACUCGAUAUUAUUGAAAAAUUUGAAAUUAAAACAUGUAUUGUCAAAGGUGUUGAAGGGUCGGGUAGAAAAGGGCUAACCCAUGAGGAUGUUGCUAAAAAAUCCAUUCUGACAAUUAGAAAUAAUGAUAACCUGUGUUUACCACGAUCAUUAGUAACGGCUCUUGCGUAUGCUGAACGGGGUGAAAUACGCACCGGUGCUUUACACACUAAAUGGCAAAAAAUAAGACAGCUUAAUGGCUCUAUGCAGCUGUUAGAGGCAACGGAACUGACUAACGCAGCAGGUAUUACUAUUCCGUUACGUGGCGCCGGCGUAUAUGAAAUCACUCGUUAUCAAAAUUAUCUGGCUCAAGACGGUGUUGCAAUCAUUGUUUACGAAUUUUUGACCCUGGGUCGGCGCGCAGAACCUUUAUUCGAUGGUACACAUCAGGUUUUAGAGUUGCGGGGUACCAUUCGGCACACAUUGAAUAUUUUGUAUUAUGAAAGAUCGAAUCAUUUUCAACCGAUCCUGAAUCUUAGAGGGGCUGUGGGGUGCAGAGAUUUCUGCUCGUCUUGUAACGCUCAGUGCAGACGUCUUGAUCACCGAUGUAAAAAAAAAAAAUGCCCUCGUUGCUUCACUACGCCUCCGUGUGAUACUGCUUCAAAUAACAUUAUAGAAUGCAAUGAUUGUGAACGAGAAUUUUAUGGUAUAGCCUGCUUUAAUAAUCACGUUUCAGUUAUCUUGCCCGGGAAAAAAAAAGCUAAAACCAGUGUUUGCGCUACGGUCAAGCGUUGUACCGUGUGCUUCAAAACUGUAAGACCGGCGGAAAAAAAGAAGCAUUUAUGUGGAACAGCUUUUUGCAAGACAUGUAGAAGCGUGCAGGUAGACAAUCAUCUUUGUUUCAUGAGACCUGUACACUUAUUUGAAAAACAAGGAAAAGUACUUUUCAUUUUUUACGAUUUCGAAACACAGCAAUGCACGCCUGUACGUGGUGCUGAAUCUACACGUUUGCAUGUUCCUAAUUUAUGUGUAGCACAGCGUGUCUGUGCAUUUUGCAGUAGUAACAACAAUAUUUCGGAGCCCUGUGUAUAUUGCGGGCAACGCGAAUUUAUCUUUCGGUAUAACCCUGUAGGCUCGUUAGUCAACCUAGCAAUGCAAAAAGUCAAAGGUUUUUCGCGCACUAUUUGUAUAGCACACAACGCCGGUGGUUUUGACGCACAGUUUAUUUUGCGAUAUCUAAUUGAAGAAAAAAAAACACAACUGCCCUCUUUAAUAAUGAAUGGCACCAAAAUAAUUUCUAUGCGCCUUGAAAAACUUGUAUUUCUCGACAGCUUAAACUACUUUCACAUGCCGCUGAGUGCUUUACCGAAAGCUUUCGGCCUUACAGGACCAAUAGCAAAAGGUAUAUUCCCUCAUUUAUUUAACAAACCCGAAAAUCAGAAUUAUGUUGGUGAAUUACCAACUAUAGAUUACUAUUCGCCUGAAACGAUGAGUAAGAACGACCGCGAAAAGCUUAUGACGUGGUAUCGGCAAUCAAAAGAAAACGGCUAUAUUUUUGACUUUGCAAAGGAAAUAGUUAACUAUUGUCGGGACGAUGUAACGAUACUGAGACGCGCUUGUAUGGUUUUUCGUGAUAUGUUUAUGACGAGCGGCCGUGUGUGCCCUUUUGAUGAAAGUACAACGAUAGCAUCAGCUUGUUUUCGUAUUUAUCGUAAAAACUUUUUGAAAGAUAACACGAUAGGUAUUAUACCAACAGGCGGUUAUAGAUGGGCUCAUAAUCAGUCAAAAAAAGCAAUUGCAUGGCUAGUUUGGAUGGAGCAUGUUCUCGGACACCCUAUAGUACACGCGUGUAGAGGUCGUGAAUUUAAACUACCUCAAAACUUAUUAGUUGAUGGGUACUACGAAACUAACGGUAUAUCACAUGUGUUACAGUUUCAUGGAUGUUAUUGGCACGGUUGUUUGCGCUGUUACCCCACAAACAGAGAUCUGAAACAAAGCGAUGGUUUGUCUAUGCAUGAACGCUUUGAGAAAACAGUCAUCAUACGUAAUCGAAUCCUUUCGGGUAAUCAUAACUUGAAAGAAAUUUGGGAAUGCGAGUAUGAUCAAAUGAUAAAAGAAAACACGCGAAUGAGCUCUUUUUUAUGUAACCACCCUUUGGUUAGAACAGACCCCCUAGACCCCCGCGAUGCUUUUUUUGGUGGUCGUACAGAGAAUAUGGUAACACUAUAUGACGCAAACGAUAUGGAGCAAAUACGUUAUGUUGACGUCUGCUCCCUUUACCCGUAUAUUUGUAAAUUUGGAAAGUACCCUGUAGGCCAUCCAAAAGUAUAUGUCGGCGAUGAGUGUAAGGUUCUGACGGGACCGCAUAAUACAGAUCUCUCUAGAGUUGAGGGUAUCGUGAAAUGCACUGUACUACCACCGAGGAAUCUUUAUCACCCUGUUUUACCAGUACGCAUGCAUAACCGUCUACUAUUCGCAUUGUGUCGCACUUGCUGUGAAAUUAUGAACCAAAACGAUUGUAUGCAUGAUGAUACAGAUGAUAGGGUGUUUGAAGGUACCUGGGUAGUUGAUGAAUUACAGAAAGCUAUCUCCGUAGGCUACAUCAUAAUGAGCGUGAGCGAGAUAUGGCAGUAUGAGGUAACGCAAUUGAACCGUGAUACACAGGAAGGCGGCCAUUUUACGGACUAUAUUAAUACCUUUUUGAAAAUCAAACAGGAGGCGAGCGGUUGGCCUGAAAACUGCUUAACGAGUGAUGCUGCACGUAAAGCUUAUAUUGAAGAAUUUGAAAAAUCGGAAGGAAUUAAAAUGAAUCAUGAUUCAAUUGAAAAAAACCCUGGUUUAAGAUCCGUUGCUAAGCUGUGUUUAAAUUCAUUUUGGGGUAAGUUCGGUCAGCGUGAAAAUCUACCCCAAACGACCAUUGUUUCAACGAGAAAAAAAUUAAUGGAAAUGUUGACAAGCCCUGAAACCAUAAUUACAGGUAUUCUGCCUGUAAAUAAUGAUAUAUUAUACGUUAAUCACGUUAAAACUAAUGAUACGAUCGAACCAUCGGGUAUAGCGAGCAGCGUGAUAGCUGCUUAUACUACCGCUCAAGCUCGCUUGAAGCUCUACAGCUAUCUUGAGUUGCUUGAUAAAAGAGCACUGUACUGUGAUACUGAUUCGGUUAUAUAUGUGACGAAAAACUGUCCUGACGAAUUCGAACCACCAACGGGUCAAAUGUUAGGGGAUUUGACCGAUGAGUUGACUUGCUAUGGCAAGGGGUGUUACAUAAAGAGUUUCGUUUCUGGCGGUCCUAAAUUUUAUGCUUUCGUUGUUCACAAUCCUAACGGGUCAGAAACAGAAGUUUGUAAGGUCAAAGGUAUAACACUUAAUUUUAGUAAUAGCGCACUAAUUAACUAUAAAUCAAUACGUUCUUUUAUUGUGGGGGAAAGAGAAGAGCCUGUUUUAUUACAAUAUGAUGCUAUAAGACGCACAGCUUUUCACCACGUGAUAACGCGCACGGAAACUAAAAAAUGUAAACCAGCGAGCGUGAAACGCCGGCGUGAUGGUGAAUACGGGUCGCUUCCUUAUGGCUAUUGUUUGUAGGUAAUUUUUAUAC